AUGGAAGGAGUACCAGCUCCUCAGGUCUCCCAUCAGACCAAUGGCCCGGUUAUGGACCCGCCGAAAACCGUCAAUGAGUCCCCUUCCAAGACUGCGGCUGCCGUGGAGAACUGGUGGAAGGCGAAAGACCCAUUGGCAAACCCGGUACCCGAGGAUAUGCUUGGCCUAGGAAUGGAAGCUCUUGAGAAGCAGCGGGAGGAACUUGUAUUAGAACUGAUGCAGACCUUCCCGGGAGGAGAUCAACCUAUUGCCGACUCAACUGAGCUUAAGAACUUCAUUGAAGACCUAAAGUCUCGCGAAGCCGUACAGGCGCAUUUAUCCGUACCCAGCGACAUGAUUUGGAGUAACCUGUUACGAUCCAAUCAAAAGCCCCUUAUUUUCCUCAAUCAAGUUUUCCUCAACCCUCACCUUGACUCUCCCACCGUUAUCAUGUCCGGAAUCCCGACUGGUAAUCUUGCUGGAGGACCCGCUGGAGCUGGACUCCCAGGUACCGCGGCCAGAGACCCUGGCCCCGGCACUGAUACUAUGACGGGCAUUGUGGAUAAUGACAGCAACUAA